AUGGCAAUUGGAAAACCUCGUGCUAACAAGAGAUCUUCCGGUAUUUCAUGUUCUUCUGCCGUGACAAUGGCGGUGCUUGUGACGGUGUGUGUCUUAGGUGUCUGGAUGCUAACCUCCAGUUCAGCUGUUUAUCCAUCGACCACCACUCAGAUCAAUAACUUGCGUGAUGAUACCUUGUCAGAUAUCAAACGUCGUUUUGUAAAGUUCCAUCGAAAAAUCCCCGAUGACGCUAGUAAAGAUAAACUUCUUGAUCACACCACUAAUGCUAGUGUUUCUGAAGACAAUCAUAGCGAUUUUCUUAUGGAUGUUAUGAAAAAUGAAGAUGAAUCGAAAUCACACAAUGAUCUGGAAAACAUUCAAGAAAAGGGCAAAGAUUACAAGCUCCAGGUGGAUGAAAGCUCGGGUGAGGUUCGGUUUUCUAAUAUCGAAGUUGAACCUAAACAAGAAAGCAUGGGCAAUGAUGUGGAUGAUGAUGCCGAGAGUCUGAAUGAUAGUGAUGCGGGAAAACAAGAGGCUGAGCAACUCCAAGAGGAAGCUAUAGAAAAACAAGAAAUGGAAAUAUCGACUACAGUAGUCAAAGAUAGCCUGAAUGGAAUGGAAGGAGAAGCAUCGGCUGAAGAGGAACAGAAGCAAAUAACUCAAAAGAUUAAAGAAAAUACCAUGACGAGGGGUGAUCAAGAUACUGGAAAUGAAUAUGAUCAACAAAGUGAUAUGGGGAACCAAGAUGAUAAACAAACAGAACCUGGUGGUGAAGAUGACACGCAGGAAUUGGAGGACAACAAGGAACAAGAAAGUGUCAAUGAAGGAAAAGAAAAAAGCAUGCAGAAUCAAGAAGAGAAAGAAGAACAAGAAGAAGAUAAAGAAGGAGAAUCUCAACAAGGGCGUUCUUCUCAGAUACCACAUGAAUCAGAAACUCAGGUUGAUCAACAAGAAGACCAAAAGGAGAGACAAGAAGAAGAUACUAAUGGUACUAGUGAGACUAGUAAGGUGGCAGAUAACAUUGACAUGUACGGAUACCAAUGGAAGUUAUGCAACGUAAAGGCUGGGACAAACUACAUACCUUGUUUGGAUAACGAGAUAGCAAUCAGAAAUUUCCAUCAUUGGCAACACAACGAACACCACGAGAGACAUUGCCCAAAGGAGACUCCCGAUUGUCUUGUCCCUCUCCCAAGGGACUAUAAGACACCUAUUCCAUGGCCUCAAAGUCGAGAUAAAAUAUGGCUCCAUAAUGUGCCUAGCCAGGCCUUGUCAGAUCUAAAGGGACGCCCGAACUCCGUGAAGGUAACAGGAGAAAUCAUCACUUUCCCUAGUGCUGAAACUCGGUUUACACAUGGUGCUGGUCAUUAUAUUGACUUCUUAGAAGAGGCAGCGCCUGAGAUUGCAUGGGGGAAGCACACAAGAGUAAUUCUUGAUGUAGGAUGUGGUAUAGCGAAUUUUGGAGGAUACCUCUUCGAUAAAGACGUUCUAGCAAUGUCAUUCGCCCCUAGAGAUGACCAUGAAGCUCAAAUCCAAUUCGCUUUGGAAAGAGGGAUACCUGCGAUUUCUGCCAUCAUGGGCUCUCAACGCCUUCCAUUUCCUAGUAACGUUUUUGAUCUGGUACAUUGUGCUCAUUGCAGAGUACCUUGGCACAAAGAAGGUGGCAUCCUUCUUUUGGAGGUUAACCGUAUGCUUCGUCCGGGAGGUUACUUUGUUUGGUCAGCAACACCAGUUUACCGAACACAUGAAGAGGAUAUUCAAAUAUGGAAAGAGAUGUCUGCUUUAACGGUCGCAAUGUGCUGGAAGCUUGUCACCAUCAAGAAGGACAAACUAAAUGCAAUCAGUGUCGCAGUCUACCACAAACCUGACUCAAAUGAAUGCUAUCAUCUAAGAAAGACGCAGCAACCUCCCAUGUGUGAACUCAAUGAUGAUCCCGAUGCUGCCUGGUACGAACCUCUACAUGCAUGCAUGCACGAGGUGCCGAUGGGGGAGACAUACAGAGGUUCACAUUGGCCCGAGGAAUGGCCAGACCGAGUUCAAAAGCCUCCGUACUGGUUAAAUAAAUCCCAGAUCGCGAUUUCUGGAAAACCAACAGCAAACGACUUUAUAGCUGAUUAUGAGCAUUGGAAACAGGUGAUUAGCAAAUCAUAUAUGAGUAAGCUUGGGAUUAACUGGUCCAGUUUACGAAAUGUUAUGGACAUGAGAGCUACGUAUGGUGGGUUCGCUGCAGCAGUUAAGGACCUAAAUUUAUGGGUACUAAAUGUGGUGAACAUAGAUUCUCCGGAUACACUCCCAUUAAUAUUUGAGAGGGGUUUGUUUGGCAUUUAUCAUGAUUGGUGUGAGUCUUUUAGCACAUAUCCUCGGACUUAUGAUCUUCUCCAUGCAGACUAUCUGUUUUCCAACCUGAAAAGCAGGUGCAACAUUAAAUCUGUAAUGGCAGAAGUUGAUAGAAUUUUAAGACCAGGAGGAAAUUUGAUCGCUCGGGAUGAGUCCAGCAUGAUAAUGGAAAUCGAGAAAGUACUGAAAUCACUACAUUGGGAAGUUAAUUCAACGUUUACAAAUAAACAAGAGGGAAUAAUCAGUGGUCGAAAGUCGAUCUGGAGGCCAAGCAUAUACACAGCUCCUUUUUUAUUCGAAUGA